AUGGAGAGGAUGAUGCAACAAAUAACAACUGUCGUCAUACCAUCAUCAUACACCGAAGAUGUUGAGCAAGCAAGUGCCAUGUACCAAAAUCAGCAAAGGCCAAGAUAUGAUCCAUACUCUAGCACAUACAAUCCGGGUUGGCGAGAUCAUCCCAAUUUCAGCUACGCCAACAAGCAAGCGGCAAUUUCCAAUCCUCCUUUUAAUCAACAAGGUGGGUACCAAUUCUUGCAAAAGCCACGUCAAGAAACUCAAGGCACGAGUAUACAUGACAAAUUGAAUCUCAUUCUCAACACAAUGGCGCAAGAUAAGCAAAAGUCAGAGAUGGAUAUGAAGGACAUCCAAACACAAAUGGGUCAACUAGCUACUACCGUGAGCAAAUUGGAAGCACAAGCAGCUGGAAAACUUCCUUCGCAACUAUUAAAUCAUAAGGAGAAUGCCAAUGCUAUUGAGCUACGAAGUGGGAAGCAAGUGGAGAAACCAACAUCAUCACCGAUGUCCCAUGAACCUGAUUUGGAGAAAGAAGAGGGUGAAGCAGCCCCUAAAAAGGCCGACCCAGUAACAAAUUCUAACUCUAAAACUCGUGUUUCUACUUAUGCUACUCCUCCUUAUUUUCCUAGCAGGUUUGCAAAGUUGAACAAGGAGACAUUGCACCAAGAGAUUUGGGAGAUCUUUAAGAAGAUUGAAGUAAACAUUCCACUCAUUCAGGCGAUAAGGCAGGUUCCUCGCUAUGCAAAGUUCUUGAAUGAAUUGUGCACUAACAAGCAUAAAUUUACCGAUUUAGGAGCAUCCAUUAAUGUCAUGCCCGCUUCCAUUUAUGAAUCCUUGAAACUUGGUCCUCUUAAGAAUACCGGUAUUGUUAUACAACUUGCUAAUAGAUCUAAUACUUACCCGAAAGGGGUCAUUGAAGAUGUUUUGGUGCAGGUUAAUCAGGCUAUUUUUCCGGCGGAUUUCUAUGUUCUUGACAUGAUGGAUGAAGAUUUUCACCAUCGUUUACUCCGUUGCUGUUGGGUAGACCAUUCAUGA